AUGGAAGACUUUGAACGAACUCUGGUAGUUAUCAAACCAGAUGCAAUGAAGCAUAAGAACGUGAUUGUUCGUCGCAUUAUAGACGCCGGAUUUACCAUCCUGCAAUCAAGAAUAGUCAGACUAACUCCGGAGCAGGCAUCAGAGUUUUAUCGCGCCAAGAAAAUCCAUUCUUGCUAUCAUGCCUGGAUAGCAGCGCUGACUGAAGGACCAAUACAGGCCAUGUGUGUUUCGAAGAUUAACGCUGUUUCUGAUCUGCUGUGGCUGAUCGGCCCCGAACGGUACCAGGACGCCAUCAAAAAGGCACCGGGAUCAUUGCGCGCUAUGUUUGCCGAUAGUAGAAACGAGCUGCAAAAUGCCGUUCACGGAAGUGAGGAUACAAGUAGUGCACACUUUGAAAUAAAUUUCUUCUUUCCAUCGCUUCUAUUGGAACCGAUUUUCAACGAUCAACGAUUAAACAACUAUCUAUCGGCUAUGGUAAAUCCAGUUUUGAUGCAAGGACUUUACACACUGGCCAAAGAGCGUCCAAAAGAUCCGAUUAUGUGGUUUUCAAACUGGCUUCUAUCGAAUAAUCCCUACAAGCCAAAAAUAUCAUCCAGCACAUCUGAGCCAUAGUAU